UUGUUUGGGGUUUAUGAUUUUACAUUUAGGUGAGUUGAUUCAGUUCAGUUAUCUCAAAUUCCAACCAUUAAUCUACAUUUUAAUCUAAGUUCCUAGUCCAAGAUUGAAACUUUUUGCUUUGGGUGGAAGAUUUCUAUAAUUGGGUGAGCUAAUUAAUCGCUGGAUUCUGACUUGUUAUAUAAUUUUUGCGAUUUAUUGAAACUGAAGGAUAAGUUGGUGAACUGCUAAUGGAAGAACAUUUGGUUUUGCGUGUUGACCAUCUUAUCACACCCGAAUCAUUGCACUCUCUGCCACGGCCCGAGCAUACAGAAUUCUCUGGAGGCACAUCUGUCACUCAGACAGUUGGUACGUCCUCAGGUAUUGAUGCUCAAGAGAACGAAUAUCCAAGAGCUGGAGAUGAAGAAGAGCCAUUACUUCAGACUGUGGAAUGUCGGAUUUGCCAGGAAGAAGAUAGCUUGAAAAAUUUGGAGAUGCCUUGUGGUUGCAGUGGCAGCUUGAAGUAUGCUCAUAGAAAAUGUGUUCAACGAUGGUGUGAUGAGAAGGGAGAUAUAACUUGCGAGAUUUGCCAUCAGCUUUAUCAGCCUGGCUAUACUGCUCGGCCCCCGCCUCCUCAAUCUGAAGAUACAUCCAUUGACAUCAGAGGUUGGACAGUGGGUGGCACUCAGGUCGACUUUCAUGAUCCUCGACUUCUUGCAAUGGCUGCUGCUGAACGCCGUCUUCUAGAGGCUGACUAUGAUGAAUAUGCAGAUUCAAAUGCUAAUGGAGCUGCAUUUUGUCGGUCUGCCGCUUUGAUUUUAAUGGCCCUUCUGUUACUGAGGCAUGCUCUGAUCGUUGGAGAUGCUGAUGAGGAUGAGGAUGAUGUUUCCACCUUUUUCACGCUUUUCCUGCUCCGUGCUGCCGGUUUUCUUUUACCUUGUUACAUUAUAGCUUGGGCUGUCGGUAUAUUGCAGCGUCGUAGGCAAAGACAGCAGGAGGCAGCAGCAUUAGCAGCAGCCGAAGUUGCUUUCCUGGCGCAGGCAGGGCAGCAUAGGGGUUUGCAUGUCACAGUCGCACCUGGACCUGCACCGGCCGCAGAACCUUUGACGACACCAGGACGGGCAACAACUCCUCAUCUACAACCAGUAUAAACAGCUUUCUCUGUUUCCAUAAGUUAAUUGUACAGAUGGUAAGCUACAUAAUGGGGAAAGAUUUUUUCUCGUUUUGUUUUAAUCAUUUACCCACUGUAUCUUUUCAUCGAGAGACGCAAAAGCUCCAAAUUUCCUAUUUUGUUAUGUUUGUACAUAUCAAAACAUUGCAGCCACUAGGUGGCGUGGAAAUCUUACCCUCCAGGGUCAGUUAAACUUUAUCAGAUCGUUGCUUCAGUUGUGUAGAUACCAUAUCUUCACAUCACAUUAGUCGAUUACUGUCAUUAAUAACAUUUAUUCUUCUCAAGUGACUUAGUUUUGCCAUGCCUUUUGCUUCCAUUUUUGUGUAGUGUUUGCACUACUGUAAUCCUCCAGAAGAGAGGACAACUUUGUGUUCUGUCACUGUGAUUUUAGCAGCAAACAACCGCUCUCUAUAACAACCAAGUCUUUUUGCAA